UCAACCUCUGAGCGUUCCCUCCCAGGGACCUCCGAGAGAUCUGAUGGUGAUGAAUUGGAAGGGAACAAAAAGGGGGGCCACAAGAGAAUCCACAUAGUGGAAAAGUCAUAUAAACAUUCAGAGUGUGGAGAGAACAUCCGUCAGAGCUCCCAUGGCACCUCCCGUCAAAGAAAGAGCUUCGUUCAGAGGGAUAGCCUCACUGCACACAAAAGAGGGCAGAGCAGGGAGAAAUUGUAUCAGUGCUUAGAAUGUGGAAAGAGCUUCAGUAACCGCCGGAAUCUCACUUUCCAUCAAAGAAUUCAUACAGGGGAGAAACCAUAUCAGUGCUUGGAAUGUGGGAAGGACUUCAGGCACAGUAAUACUCUCACUUUGCAUCAAAGAAUUCAUACAGGGGAGAAACCCUAUCAGUGUUUGCAGUGUGGGAAGAGCUUCAGUCAGAGGAACAGUCUCACUUUCCAUCAAAGAAUACAUACAGGAGAAAAACCCUAUCAGUGCUUCAAAUGUGGGAAGAACUUCCGGGAGCGGACAAAACUCACUUUGCAUCAAAGAAUUCAUACAGGGGAGAAACCCUAUCAAUGCUUGGAAUGUGGGAAGAACUUCCGGGAGCGGACGAAACUCACUUUGCAUCAAAGAAUUCAUACAGGGGAGAAACCCUAUCAGUGCUUGGAAUGUGGGAAGUCCUUCAGGCACAGUACUACUCUCACUUCACAUCAGAGAAUUCAUACAGGGGAGAAACCCUAUCAGUGCUUGGAAUGUGGGAAGAGCUUUCGUCAGAAAGGUGAUCUUGCUUUGCAUAGAAGAGUCCAUACAGGGGAGAAACCCUAUCAUUGCCUGGAAUGUGGGAAGAGCUUUAGUCUCAGGCACAGUCUCACUUCCCAUCAAAGAACUCAUACAGGAGAAAAACCCUAUCAGUGCUUUGAAUGCGGGAAGAGCUUUGGGGAUGGGGCCAAGCUCACUUUGCAUCAAAAAACUCAUACAGGCGAGAAACCCUAUCAGUGCUUGGAAUGCGGGAAGAGCUUCAGCCGGAAGGACACUCUCAUUUUCCAUCAAAGAGUUCAUAGAGGGCAUAAACCGUAUCACUGCUUGGAAUGUGGAAAGAGCUUUAGUCAGAAGGUGAAUCUCACUUUCCAUCAAAGAAUUCAUACAGGGGAAAAACCUUAUCACUGCUUGGAAUGUGGAAAGAGCUUUCGUCUGAGUGGUGAUCUCACUUCCCAUCAAAGAAUUCAUACAGGGGAGAAACCCUAUAAGUGCUUGCAAUGUGGGAAGAGCUUCAGUCAGAGGCACACUCUCACUUCCCAUCAAAGAAUUCAUACAGGAGAGAAACCCUAUCAGUGCUUCAAAUGUGGGAAGAACUUCCGGGAGCGGACGAAACUCACUUUGCAUCAAAGAACUCAUACAGGGGAGAAACCCUAUCAAUGCUUCGAAUGUGGGAAGAACUUCCGGGAGCGGACGAAACUCACUUUGCAUCAAAGAACUCAUACAGGGGAGAAACCCUAUCAGUGCUUCGAAUGUGGAAGGAGCUUCACUGUUAGCUCCAGUCUCACUUCCCAUCACAGAAUUCAUACAGGGGAGAAACCCUAUCAGUGCUUGGAAUGUGGAAAGAGCUUCACUAAUAGCUCCAAUCUCACUUGCCAUCGAAGAAUUCAUACAGGGGAGAAACCCUAUCAGUGCUUGGAGUGUGGAAAGAGCUUCAAUCACAGCCACCAUCUGACUUCCCAUCGAAUAAUUCAUACAGGGGAGAAACCCUAUCAGUGCUUGAAAUGUGGAAAGAGCUUCAGACGGAGCUCCCAUCUCACUUCCCAUCAAAGAAGGCCAGCUAGACCAUCCCCAGUGUCAAAGAACUCCCCCUCUGACCUGCUGCGUCUUUUGAACCUUACAGCUGGACCUGUGGGCAAGGACAGCUCACUCUUUGGCUCAGACUUGACAACCCCGGUGGAUCCCCCAAGGCCACUGCCUGCGUCUCCCAAGGGAGAGGCCUCCUCCGUGGGCCAACAUGGCGAGGAGAGAGGCUGCCCUGCGGAGGCCAAGCCAUCAUGGCAGGAAGGCGGCUGA